AUGAGCGCCCUUACGGCUUACGUCGACAAGCGAGUCCUCGUGAUCACCCAGGAUGGACGGGUCAUCGUGGGCGAGUUGCGAGGAUUCGACCAAACGACGAACGUCAUCCUGUCUGGCAGCACAGAGCGAGUGUUCUCGUCUGAUGAGGGUGUCGAGGAGGUUCCUCUAGGAGUGUACAUUGUCCGAGGGGACAACAUCACCCUGAUAGGCGAGGUUGACGAGGAUGUCGACAAGCAGAUCGACCUCUCGACAGUACGAGCAGAGCCCAUCGCCGAGGUACAACAUUAG